CAAUGUUUUAAACGUCAAAGUCAUAGUAACUCGAAAAGUGUGAAAGCAGACAGGAGGAAUUUAAUUAACUAAAAAUGGAAACAAGAGAUCAAUGUUUUAAGCCAAACUUAUUAUACAACAUCCAUUACAGACCACCUAAGAAGUCAGAACUGCUUCAAGGGGCAGAUCAACCCAAACAGUCAUGUCCACCCAAGAUGGUUGUAGAUACGAUCCGUUUCAACCUAAGUGUAUGUACAUGUGGGGAACAUGGAUGCCAGCCCCACUAUAGGAUGGAGAGGAAAGUUCGGUGGAUAAGUGAAGAGGUUAACACUGCUUCAAAGGAAUCGAAGAGUGAAGCAAUGAUAAAAGAAACCGGAAUGAGAUGCAAAAGCGGAAAUGGUUCUGUUAAAGAAAACAGUAGCGGAGGCGAUGACACAUGCGGCGACAGAUCUGAUUGUAACGAAGGCCAUAGAAGAUGCGAUGGUAGCGUUGAUGGUGACAAAUGUAAUGUACGAUUCGGUGGUGGAGAUGAUUAUGACCAAUGCGAUGGUAGAUGCGACGGCAGGGUUGAUGGUGAUAAAGGCGAUGGUAACUGUGAUGGCAGCGUUGAUGCCCACGAAGGCGAUGGUAGAUGCGAUGACAGGGUUAAUGGUGACGAAGGUGAUGGUAGUUUUGGUGGCAGAGUUGAUGAUGACGAAGGCGAUAGUAGAUGCGAUGACAGCGGUAAUGGUGACGAAGGCGAUGGUAGAGGUAAUGGCAGAGUUGAGGUAAACAAAGGCGAUGGUGAAGUUGAUGGUGACAAGGGUGAUGGAAUAUAUUUUGGAAACGUUGAUGGUGACGAAGGUGAUGGUAAAUGCGAUGUUAGAGAUGAUGAUGGCAAAGGCGUUGGUGAAUGUAUUGGUGCGGUUGUUGUUGGCGGAGGCUAUGGCAGAAGCAAUCAUUGGGUUGUUGUUGACGAUGUUAGAUCCGAUGGAAGUGUUGAUGGUCGCGAAGACGAAUGCAGCUACGAUGACAGACUGGAUGCUAGUGAAGUCGACGGCAGAUCCGUUGGCAUGGUUCAUUCUGGAAGCUUUGACGAUGGUAGUGGUGCAAUGUCCGACACCCAUAUAUUUGAUACAGUUUGGGAGGAAAUUGCUCCAGCGUUCGGAAUAAUGUCCAUCUAUUGCAAUAGUGAACUACACAGUUGCUACGUAGGAGAACUUGAUACCAAUCCAAGUUUGGCGAGGAAUGAUAUAGUGCAUGUAAAAGAAUUUGUGGGAAAAAGAAAACAACUUGAAAAUACUUUCAUAAUAAAAACAAAAACCAUAUUUCGACUUUUUUUCUUGUAAUGAUACAACGUUGACAUCAUAAAUCUCGUUAUAGAAUUUUAAUGGAAUGUUUGCAGUUUUGUAAAUGAUAUGAAACGUAGAAGAUGUUUGUUCAAACCUGCAUCAACUAACAGUCAUUCUUUUUUUCUAAAUCGAAAACAGCCGAGCGGAAUCCCAACGUU